AUGUUGUUGCAUGAUACAUAUUUUAUAUUGUUGAAUGAUACAAGCAACAUCGGUAUUCAUAGUCCACUAUUUGAGUCAAGUGCCACAUUUAUUGUAAGUUUAAUUGGUUUAUUCUGCAAUUUAUCAUGCUGUAUUAAGUUGAUUUAUCUGAUUAAAUACACCAAUAAUAAUCAAAAAUCACAAUUAUUACUUUCUGAUAGUAAAUAUUAUUUUUUCAUAGCAUUAACAUUAAAUGAAUUUCUUCUGUGUUUAUCAAGCGUUAUUAGUUGUCUUGAUGAAAAAUAUUAUUCAUUUUUAUCUAAAUAUCAUCUGUGUUCAUUACAUGCAUUCCUAUGGAAAUUUACACUCCAUUUUACUCCACUAUUAAUAAUUACAAUAUUAAGUCGUUAUCAUUAUCUACUUAAUUAUUAUAAACAUUAUUCAAGAUCAUUUAAUCAAUUAUUUUGUACAAAUUUAUCAAUAUUAUUACCAUUCAUUUUGAGUUUGUCAUGGUCUGUCGAUGGUUUAUGGUUAUGGGGUGUAACAAAUAUAAAAGAUUUUAAACCAAAAAGUGGUCUACAUAUUACAUUAGAUGGUUUUUUGGUGGAAUCAGAGAAGUUCAUAGCGUUUCUCAUCGGAUUACUUUUAGGAAUUUGGUUACAAUGUCGUUUAUCCUACCGUAGUCCUCUUGAUUUGCCUUACUUCAAAACACCACAUGAACGUCAUACAUGUUUAUAUGUUUUGCAUACAUUUCUUCUCUCAACCAUCACAUCGUUUCCAUUUUUCUUAUUUCGUACCUACGAAAUAAUUGCUGAUUAUAAUCUGUCAGAUUUAUCAAAUUUCAAAAAAUUGCCAAGUCGUUUAUUUGCUCAAAUUUUAAUAGCUGGUGUAAGCUGUAAACCAAUAUUAUUUCUAGUAUUAUUCUGUCCAUUUUCUCGAUCAUUCCUUAUUCGAAGUUUUUGGACGUAUUACAUUCACUGUUUUCCACCAAAUAUUCUUAAACAAAAUCAAGUAUCAAGAAUAAGAAAUGAACAAAGUAGUAAGACUGAUGAUUUAGAAAAUGCUUUCAAUGAUCGGCUAGUAAGAUCUAAAUCUAUAAAUUCGAUUAUAGCUAUGACCGCAAGUAAUAGUGGUCAAUGUAUGGAAAGUUAUUCAUUACUAAUUCCAUCAUUUGAUCACAAAUUUUCCAAAAAUAAUCGAUGUCAUACACUCUCAGUACCAAAUAAAUAUUAUUCAUUACUUUCGUAUAAGACACAAGAACUAUCAUCGUCUCCGUCUUUAUUAACAACAAGUACAUCUAUAUAA